AUGUCCUUCACAGCCGUCAACCUCCCCCUCCCCAUCCUCCUCCAUUCCCUCUCCCUAACCGGACUGGGCCUAACUCUCCUCCUCCGCCCCCACCGCUCCCCUUUCUCCUUCCUGACGCGCCGCGAGAUCUUCGCCUCCAACAUCUCACUUCCCUCCUCUUCCUCCCCCGCUAAACCCGCCGACUCCGCAACCACCGCCUCCGCCUCCGUCGCACACCCCUUCCCCCGCCGCGUAAUCGACACAACCGCCCACGCCGGCACAGCCGUCACAGCCGUCGGCCUCUGCUACCUCGCAACGUCCUACAUGCCGAUCGAGGAGAACCAGUUCCUGCACGCGACGGUGCCGAUCCGGGUUGUGACGGUCGGGCUGCUGUUGAGCACCCUGGUGCUGCGAGGCAGCGAGAUGAGUCAGGAGGGGUGGUGGGAGCAUCUAGGGUUGGCGGUGUGGGAUGGGAUUGGGGCUGUGGGGCUGGGACUUUAUUUGGGGAGCUGGGACGGCCGGAUACCCGCGCGGUGA